GUCUGGUCUCCCGCGUCCACGCCUCAGGGAUACGGAUAGACCCAAGGCUACCGGCUACCAAUUAGUUGUUUUUCCCAAAGUCUUAAAACCUGUUCACACUGCGGGGGCGCAGCAUCCUCUGAUUCCAAAUCAUUUUCCACAGUGUAUUCGCUGCUGACUCCUACUCUGUCUUAAUACGUUAGUGUUGAAUUGCUCUGUGUCUUGCAGCCAGAUCCAGCUUCUUGGAGGACCCAUGUCUCCAGCUUUGGGUGCUACCUGUUGUGCCAGGCGCACACUGCUGCCCAAGAGGAGCUGCUUUUUGAAUUCUCUGAAUGUUGGGAGGAGGAAUGCCAGAGCUGCCGGCUGAAAAUUAUCUAACCAAGAGAAAUAUGUAGGCUGGGAACACUGAACCUCCUUUGUUGGAAUUCCAGGCCAGAAUCCUAUCUGCUAAGGCAAAAAGUAACCAAUUCCAAUAUCUGAACACUGUGUUAACUCUGGUCCCCGAGGGUGAUCCGUGAUGGUUGUGCCGUCUGUGCUGGAGGGAUGCUUCUUAGGACAGGAUGCCUGAUCCUGGGUUCAGAACCCCUGACUGCCCCUGAUUGAAGCUUCUUUGGAUGGUAUCGUCGGCAGAUUCUUUUGGCCCCCAGGAUGGACUUUCUGGUUCUCUUCUUGUUUUACCUGGCUUUAGUGCUGAUUGGUGGUGUUAUGAUCUGCAUCUGCUCAAAAACCCAUCGCUUGAAAGACCCGGUCAGGAGAGGAGCACAGAUAUUUUCGUAUAUAAUUCCAGAAUGUCUUCAGAGAGCCAUGGGGAGAUUGCUUCAUUACCUCUUCCAUUCAAGAAACCACACCUUCAUUAUCUUGCACUUGGUCUUGCAAGGGAUGGUUUAUGGUGAAUACACUUGGGAAAUAUUUGGCUACUGUCAAGAGCUGGAGUUCUCCGUGUAUUACCUUCUUCUUCCUUAUCUGCUGCUGAUCGUAAACCUGUUUUUCUUCACUCUAACUUGCGUCACCAAUCCUGCCAUUAUAACAAAAGCAAAUGAAUUAUUAUUUCUUCAAAUGUAUGAAUUUGAUGAAGUGAUGUUUCGAAAGAACAUGAAGUGCUCUACUUGUGAUUUAAGGAAACCAGCUCGAUCUAAGCACUGCAGUGUGUGUAACUGGUGUGUGCACCGUUUUGACCAUCACUGUGUUUGGGUGAACAAUUGCAUUGGGGCCUGGAACAUUAGGUACUUCCUCAUCUACCUCUUGACGUUGACUGCCUCGGCUGUCACCCUGGCCAUUGUGUGCACAGCAUUUUUGGUCCACUUGGUGGUGGUGUCAGAUCUGUACGAGAAGUCUUACGUUGAUGACCUUGGACACUUCCAGGCUAUGGACACAGUCUUUCUUGUUCAGUACCUGUUCCUGAGCUUUCCAAGAAUUGUCUUCAUGCUGGGGUUUGUCGUGGUCCUGAGCUUCCUCCUCUGUGGCUACCUGUGCUUUGCUCUGUACCUGGCUGCCACCAACCAGACGACUAAUGAGUGGUACAGAGGUCACUGGACCCGGUGCCAGCAUUGCCCUCUUGUGGCCAGGGCACCAUCAGCCACACCCCAAGCCUACCAGAACAUUCACUCCCACAGCCUUUGGAGCAACCUUCGAGAGAUCUUUCUACCUGCCUUUCUACAUUAUGAGAGAAAGAAGAAAUAAGAAUGGAAAGAGUGUUACUGCCUUUUAAAUAUAGAAUACAUUUAUUUAUACAUUUGGAUACUUA